AUGGGCGACGGGUGGACACGGACGAGGGCCGGCGCCGCGGGAAAGCGAAGGACGUUGCUGCCGCGCCGGGACGCGCUGGCGACACAGGGGCACAGCUUCAGCAGGAGCAACAGCAGGGUGUGCUCAGAAACAUUACUGGCCCAAGAGCACAAGGGCUUGAAGAGGAAGAGUGAUAUCCGUUUGUCAAUGGAAUGCAGUAGCAAGAAACGGCGCUUGGAAGGCAGCCCGUUGGUUGGGGCCUGCAAAUCCAUCACUGCCGCCAUGUCAAACGUUGCCAUCGCAGUUUUGAAUUGCUGCUCUGGCGGGACCAAGGGCUCUGGAACCUCCCCUUCUCACGUUUUCAUGGGCAGAAAGACAGAAUCGGGGAAGGGAGACGCAGCUGGCGUGAUCCAGGAAGAGGUGGGGGGCGUUGUGGCGGAAGAUCCUUUGGAGAGCUUCAUUCGACAAAGGCACAGAAGAGACAGGGAGAGAUGCAAUGGUGGUGGCUUGUUUGGCUCACAGAAGGAAAGGGAAGAAUCAGGGAACUUACUGGAGGACAGCCGUGUUCAUAGGGAGAGGUCUCCUGACGAGGGUCCCAGGCAUCGAUCCAAAGCGUCUGGAUCUGUAGACACGUAUUGGAAACGAAUGAUGGCGUCAAUUCCACGUUUUUCCCGCAGCACCCAGGAUGGGUGUCCAAAUGACACAUCGGACGUUCAUGGGAGCCUUGCCAGCAAAAGCACUUCAACAGGAUGCAAUCCUGUUUUGAAUUGGCGACAUAAGUGUGCUAAACCUAUUUCGAAGCUCAGGGCAGCGUCCAGCCUCUGGAAGUACAAGGCAGGCAUGGACUCAUCAAUGAGAUUCUGUGCGAACCGGAAUUGGCGGGACACACCAAAGCAGGCUUCAGAUGAUCAUGUUGACCUCACGCUGAGCGAUGACGAUGACAACAGAGAACAGGAAACUGCUGCAAAUGGCAAAACUGGACAGGGGGCCAUUAGGGAUGCUGCUCAUUUGUCCCCAGGAAGGGGUACAUCCCAUCAUUACACGCGAAGCAAUCGACUGAAAGCAAGUUGCAUGGGCGACCUGCAGGAUGUCAAGGCGGUGUACCCGCCGGAAGGCGGGAUUGGUGCCGUGGACAUCGGAAUGGAGGACCUGGAGCGUCUGGAGCCUUUGGAAUUCCUCAAUGAUACAAUUAUCGAUUACUACACAAAACGCCUGUACAACGGCCUUCCACCUGCUGAGAAGUCCAGGUUCCACGUCUUCAAUAGCUUCUUCUAUAAACAGCUUGCAGAGGCAGCCGGAAACCUGUUUGAGGCAAACAAGAAGUGCCCAGGGUAUGAGCGCGUGAGAAAUUGGACCAAGGUCGACCUGUUCUCCAAGGAUUAUUUGUUCGUGCCCAUCCACGAGGCGCUGCAUUGGAGCCUCGCCGUCGUGUGCCACCCUUCAGCAGCAUUCGCUCCGCCAGAGGACGAUGCAGAGGAUGGGCGCGAGAAAAGGACACCCUGCAUCCUGCACCUGGACUCCCUGCGAGGUGGCCAUCGCAGCAGUGCUGUCUGCGCACGCGUGCGAAAGUUUCUGGAGUGCGACUGGCUGCAAAAGAAUCACGUUGACAAUGGACUGAUCUGA